UAUCAUGAAGUAUCUUUCUGAGCUUCCUGACAUAUAUACUUCUGUCUUAAAAGAACAAAAGGAGAUCGCCAUUAUUAAGGAACAAAAUGGUAGACUCAGUUGGGAGGAUUUAAGGAAAAUGAAGCAUACUUGGGAUGUAGCACUCGAAGUGUUGAGAAUAUAUACACCAGGAACUGGAAGUUUUCGAGAGGCUAUCACUGAUUUUGUAUUUGAUGGAUAUACCAUCCCGAGAGGCUCAAAGAUCCACUGGAUUUUUGAUGUAACACACAAAAACCCCGAGUACUUCCAUGAUCCUGAAAAGUUCGAUCCAUCACGGUUUCAAGGUGAUGGCAUGGCUCCAUUUACAUUUGUACCAUUUGGAGGCGGAGCUCGUAUGUGUCCUGGAAAUGAGUAUGCACGGGUAUCAAUACUCAUUUUUCUGCAUAAUGUUGUGACUCACUUCAGAUGGAAAAAGCUAAUUCCUGAUGAGGAAGUUUUGCAUUAUCCAGUUCCAAGGCCAGCUCAGGGACUUCCCAUUCGCCUCUAUCCUCACCAACCUUAGGCUGUUCUACUUCGUUUUCUUAUAAAGUUUGCAUGGAUUGCCGUCUUUAACUUCAUUUUG